UCAUCACUAGCGUACUGGACUAUCAUUUCCCCCAACGGACGUCUCUCGGAGUGUCGCACGGCACAUUUUCGGCUAGGAAGCUGCAACAAGAUAAACAGACAAAAAACCAUUCACGUGGUGAUUAUGUUGACGAGUUAAAUGGAGUUAGUAGCCAUAUGCUUCCCGGUGCAUAUCGCGGAAUUUAUGUCUAGAUUGCCUUCGAGGAGGAAUAUACUGACACACAACCAAAGAUAAAGCAGCCGUAUGAGAAGAGACAACUCAAUCCGCCCAGGCUCUGUGCAGCCCUAGAGCGCCAUCAUGCUGGCCUGCAUUCAAAGACGGCAGAACUUGUCCUCGUCAUCACAGCAUCUGACCUGCACGCCAAAAAGACUUGAUGCCCUGACGCCGCCAUUGCUGCUACCGGUACGGCAGCAGCAGUCAUGCACACAUAAAGACGAGCCACCCUCGGUGGCCUCCCGGUACCCGUCUCCCGCCGAGCUGGACGCCUUCGCCAAGAAGAUCGCCAACAACCCGCUAUCCAUUAAGAUCUUUCAGUCGGACAUCCGAGUUCCGCAACACAAACAGCUGAGCAAGAUGGUGAACGGCCUGGACACAACGGGCCAGUGCUACAGUCCCUACACACAGCCCUACUACCAAGGCUUGUUGGCCAUCGGUAAGGCGGCAGCGGUGGCGCCGACAGCGGUCAAAGGUGUAGUGAAGAACUCUGAGGGCAAAAGGACUAAACACACAAAUAGCCAAACUUGCAUGGCGCCGUAUAAAACUCAGAAUAAUGGCUACUCCGUCAGGCACAAGGCGUAUCACGUAAGCUCGUGUAAGCCCGCUGAUGUUCCAGGGGAGACGCUUUGUUCCAACACCGCCGAUCCCACCCUGCUCCCUCGCUCAGAGCUGGCAGAGGUUCAGAGCCUGAUGAGACAGAUGAGGAGGGUCCCCCGAGGUCCCGGGGUGGCGCCGACGCAGUGUGGCGUCGAUGGGGCGGCCACAGCAGUGGCGGCGGUAGCCCACUCGGACUACGUCGCCGGUGUCCCACUGCCGCAGAGCAGUAUGGCGUUCAGCGGGGCGGUGGUGCCCACGCAGAGCGCCGCCCACGCCGGGGACUACACGGCGUGGCAGCGCCGGCAUCAGAUUGCGGGGCAGCAGACAUAUCAGACAAGGAUGUACGGCAUCGGUGCGGUUGGACAAUCACCCGAAAGCUGCCUCCCGUACGGGUUGCAACCUCCAAACGCGGGUCAGGAGCGACUCGCCGCCAUGCAGGGUCACUUCUCUGUGCGACACUUUUUCACCCCGCUCUGGGACAGUGUCGCCGCCACGCCUAACAGCGACUGCUACACUCCUCAGGUGCUAGCGACGGGUACGAUGGCGCCCCAGCAUCCCCGCCUCCACCCCAACCACUACCAGACGCAUUUCCGGCCUACACCACUUGUCGCUCAUCCUCAGGUCUACAACGCAGACCACAACGUCUGCUGCGGGCCGCCGGGUGCAAGUACGUGCCACGCUGCGGCGCUCAGCAGAAGUCUGCAGUCUCUGGAGUGCCUCAUCAGUGAGAUCCACCCGCCCUGCAUCAAAGAGAGCAUGCUGGGCCACGGCUAUGAGGCUGCCGGUGCCACGCAGCACCAGCACCACCACCACCAGCCUCAUCUUCACGCCCACAUUCAGCUCCCCGUCUACAGAUGAAACGCAUCAAUGUCUCAAACGCCAAGACAGGAAAAUGAUAAUCAUGACCCCAGAUUGAGGGUUAUCUGCUCUUCAGCUGCCAUUAUUCCUCAGUGAAUACUCAUUUACAGCACCUACACUAUUCAUUAUUUGCCAUGACAAGUGAAUACUUUGCAGGUUACAACAACAAUAUACGUACACACACACAAAAAAAAAGUUACUUGAAUCUUGAAAGGACCUCCGGUAACGCUGCUCUUUCUGGAGGAGUCUACACUCAGGCUUCCGCAAUAUGAUUCUUGGGUGGGGGGGAAAUAGUUUGAUCGUGUGCGUUAAAAGAUGUGAAUAUUUUUUUUUUGUCAUGCAUUACUGAUGAGUACAGGAUGCAUCUAUGAAUAUUCUGUCACAUUUUAACAUCAUUUUUAUGUCAUCUGCUGCAGAAUUAUUCCCUUGCUUGUUUGCCUUGGAUUGACUUCAUUAUUAUUUUGAUUAUUUUUACUGGCCACAACAUUACGAACGCAGUCAUAACAGCAAACCUACCAAGUCUGUUUAUUUCAGUCACUUUUAAGGAUAUUUGGAUAAAAUGUCGUCAUGUUUUUUUUUUUAUUUUCAUAUAUAUUUACACUGCUUACCCUCGGAACAGAUUUGGUCCCAUUUGACUUCCACUAUAAUAUUUGUACUGCAAUCCUGAUGAAUUAUCAUGCUUUUACCGUGAAAACUUCGUCAAUCUACUUUCAAAUUAAAGGGAUUUUCAAAAACCAUGUAAAAUAUUAAAUUAAUUCGUAAAAACCUGUUGCUAAAAACAACAUGAUGUGGUGACAAUGAAACAUUUCUAUGAGCAGGACCGUUUUGGGACCUAAGGGUAACAAGUGUAACCAUUUUAGCGGGGCCUCAAUGGUUUUAUAUUGUUAUCGGAGGUCACAUUUUGGUCAUCUUGUUGUGCAGGUGUACCUAAUGUUGAGGCUGGCGACUGUAUGCUGACACAUAUAAGUUCUUCUCUGGAAUGUUGUGGCAAUACUACACACAAUCUAAAUAUGGUGGGUACUUCCUUGUGUGUGUGUCUGUACUGGUUCAGUACUUAUUUAUUUAUAUGUCUGCCUGUUGAACUGUAUGGAAAAGUGUCUAUUAUUAAGAAGUGCAAUUAUUAUAUCUAUAAAUAUGAGGUAUGUUGUUGAAAUGACUACACUUGCAGCGGUGUAUGUUUCUGACCUUAAAGCCCCGCCCCCUUUUCCUCCCGCUUCCUGAUAAGAAUUGUCAAGUAAAUGACAUUUUCUGGACCCAAAUAUUAUCAAUGUCUGUUAUUUUCUUUUUCUUUAACAAAAAGAGUUUUCAAAAAAUGCUGUAUCAACAUUUAGCUAGCAAUACAAAGGGAAGUCACUUCCCUUUAUUCAAAAUAAAAUACAUUAUACACAUGAAUACAGUGAGGCGUUGGUCUAGGUUUUAUUGCAGUACUAUCCAGGAGCAAUGAAUUAAUUCUGUGAUUUUUGAAUCUAUCUUACUUUAUUAAGAUCUUGCAAGUUUGACUCAUAUAUAAUAUGUUAGCAAUGUCUUGGCUUGGCUGCAC